UUGCUUGUAUUUGCCCUCUGUUUUUCGCGAGAAUGAGAGGAUUGCGACGACGCCGUCGUGUCAUCCAACUCCUUUUAGCGGAAAACAUACCGGCUCCCAACCCCAGGCAGUACUGCCAGGUGAACAACACGGUGCCGUUGCUGGCCCUGUAUUUUGAUGGGGAAAGCGACAUGAGGGUAGACUUCAGACUCUCCAGGGGAUCCUUCAACGGUCUGAUGGCCAUCCUCGGCACGGCGUGUGACCAUGGCUGGGGACCUGUCAUCGAGGCCCUCGUCUUCCUCUUUUGGCUCGCCAGCGGUACCUCUUACCGUGUUGUAGCCAGAGCCUUUGCUAUGCCCCGGGCCACUGUGCACCGUGCUGUCCACCAGACCAGCAGGAAAGUCCUCUCUCUCCUCCCCCAGGUCGUUGGCCUUCCAUCAGAGGAGGACUUGCCUCAUGUUGGUGCAGGUUUUGCACGAUUGGCCGGGUCAGCGGCCUUCAACAGGGUUGUCGGCAGCAUUGAUGGCUGCCAUGUCCGUGUGACGCCCCCAAUCGAUGACGCAGCCUGUUACCUGAACAGGAAGAUUUUUUAUUCUGUUCAAUUUCAGGCUGUGUGUGACCACACAGCGAAGUUCAUCGACAUUUUCAUUGGCUUCCCCGGGUCGGCUCAUGAUGCGAGGGUUUUAAAACACAGCCCCCUGUACUACCAGCAAAGGUACCCUCCACCUGGUUUCUGCAUCAUUGGGGAUGAUGGCUACCCCUGCCUCAGGCAACCCAUCGCCCUCAUGACUCCCUACAGGCAGCCUCUACACAACCAACUCCAGGUCCGCUUCAACGGUCACCUGUCUAGAGCGAGGUGUGUUGUGGAAAGAGCCUUUGGCAUCCUGAAGACCAGAUGGAGGUCAAUAUUUUUGAAGGCGCUGGAGGUGGAUGUCCUCUAUGUCCCGGAGGUCAUUGCCUGCUGCACAGUGUUGCACAACAUCUGCCUGAGCAAUGGGGACCUGUUGGAGGCAGAAGAUGAUGUGGAGGGAGAAGCAGGGGACUAUCCACAACCAGCCCCUCAAGGUGCUAUCUGUGGAGCAGAGGACAGGCACAGGAUGGCAAUGACGUGUGUUGUACCAGACCACGAUUAUGCAAUUUAA